UAUUGGAGAAUUACAAUACAUUAUAUCAAUUUUUUACGAAUCAGGAGGCCUGACGUUAAAUCAUAAUGUAGCAAACUCUGCUGUGCUAGUUUGCUGCACAUUACAUUGCGAUUGUUAAUGCCCGAAAGGCAUUCACAGACCAGCAACAAAGGUCAGGCUGACUGCAAGAUCGCAUCAUUGUUUCUGCUUUCUACAAGCUUGCCUACUUCCGAUCACCGUGUGUUCCUACUAAUCGUGUCCAUUUAAAUCCUGGAUCUCUGGCUGCAUCUAUACAAAUGUCAGUUUUUAGUCGGAAUCUCUCAAUGGAUCUGGAUUGUGUUAUGAAUUGGACUCUUGAAUGGGCAACGCCAAAUUUAAGUCAUACAAUAAAUAUAUCACUUUGAAAGUGGGACAUAUCGUCCUGAUGAUGAGGAAACCACUGGUGGAGAAGAGGAGAAGAGCAAGGAUUAAUGAGAGCCUGCAGGACCUGCGUGGGAUUUUAGCUGACACAGAGUUUCAGGCAAAGAUGGAGAAUGCGGAAGUUCUGGAGUUGACCGUGAAACGCGUGCAGCGGAUACUGCAGAACAGAUCAGCUGAGGCUGACCGGUUGCAGCGUGAGGCCAGUGAACGCUUUGCUGCUGGAUACAUUCAGUGCAUGCACGAGGUUCACACUUUUGUGUCGAGUUGCCCGGGUAUUGAUGCUGGCUUGGCAGCUGAGCUGCUCAAUCAUCUUCUGGAGUCUAUGCCCCUCAGUGAGGGCAGCCUGCAUGAUCUUGUCCUGGAUGUACUGAUGGACACUCCAGCCAGCGACAGUGUUUGUGGGAUGAGCAUGUUGUCAUCAUCCUCUGGUGAAGACAGCUGCUCUGAUGUUGAAGAGGGAGAGGCACCCAAAGCUGAGCUGAGAACAACACCGGACAGUGAAAGAACCCCUGAAAUUCCGCCACCUACCCCCUCUAUGUGGCGGCCAUGGUGAUCUUAUGGAAAAUGUAGAGUGUGAGGGACCUGUGCUCAGAAAGACUGGAGAGCUUGCCUGUAUGUGUUACCUGCACAAUGAACUGCAGAUGAGCCAGCAUAUUUCAUGCAUACAUAUUUGGAUCUCCCAUACUGGAAGUGUUGUAAUUCACAGCAUGAUUGAGUGUAACCAGUUAAUACAUGUUCUUUUACAUCACUGCUUUUUUGGACCAAGUCUCACUCCUACUUCUGCCAUAACAAUAGGAUCCUAUACAGAAUCGCUAAGCAUAUGAUUGCUGCAGGUUCCAGGACUACAGAUGCAUUAUAAACGUACAUAAUAAUGUAUGUUCAUUACCAGAUGUUAAGAUUUAUAGCAAUACCCCAUGUAUGAUAUAUCUGUAGAGUUUUCAUGUUAUUGUGUAGAGGUACUUACAUAUGACACACUUCUGUCUUUCAUCACUGAAGACCAUUCAUGAUUUAUAUAUUAUGGGAUUCCUGGUGUAUUAAAAUAUGAUCGAUCCCCCAGUGUGCAGGUCCGGCUCCCUAAUGAAUGCACAAGGACCUUUGAUUACCAGAAGAGACUGUUCAUUCUGGUAGAGAAAUAAGCAAGAUUCCCUGAUACACGAAGGGAAGCAAUGUACAGGAAAGAGUUAGUUCUCUCAGGCUGUGUUUGUAUAGUAAUAGUGGGCGUCUCGUUCCUAGGAGGGAUGUCUAGUGUUUAGAUAACUUGAGUUCUACCUUCAGUGAAGGAGAAUAGAGAUUUGUUUGGAUACCGAUUGAAGGGUGCUAUAGGAAACAACCAUUUUCUGAAUUUGCAGGAAUAUGUGUAUAUUAGGUUGGUAAUGUGUUGUGUGGUGUUUUUUUUGUUUUUUUUUUAAUAGAAUGUUGUCAAAUAUUACCACUUUGGUUGGGAUCAGGUGUGCAGUCUGUGAUGCACUUGUGUCGUUUAAAAAAAAAAAUUAUAUAUAUCCAUUAUUAACAGUUUUUUGCAUCUUUCUGGCAAGCACUUAUUUUUUUAUGUUUUUGUUAAUUUUCUCAUCCCGGAACUUAAUGUUUUUUUUUAUACUAAAAUAUAGUAGUGUGUUUUGGAAAAUGAAUAGUGCUACUGUGCAUUAAUAUUGAUAAAUAAAUUAAUAUUCUUUUGGUCA